GAAAUAAUAAAUAAAUUUUAUUCUUAUUUAUCUAUUUUCAUAGACUAGAGACUCGCUUAUUAACUCAACUGCUUAGCUAACUCCUACAGCUCAGACUGUCACUAUGGCUAAACGCAUAUCAGAGAAUAGCAACCAGCUUAUAAGCAAACGCGUAAAAUCAUCUGAUCUUGAAGAUAAGCUCGGUUUGAACAGCCCAAACACUCAACAACUAGCUCUCUCACAGAAGAAGGACAGCGAUAACCAACUCAUCAGAAGCGUCCAACGAACUUCUAAACUCGCUGCGCCUAUAAUAAAGCUAGAAGGCUGUCACACAGACGAGAUAACCGCCGUUAAAUUCGACCUCACUGGAAACUUCCUCGUCGCCGUAUCCACUGAUAGAUCUAUCUCACUCUGGAAAACAUAUACGAACGAGAACUUCGGCUAUAUCCCUUUCGCACACAAGCAAGCUAUCACUAGUUUAGCUUUAUCACGCACUUCCCCUUCAAACCCCGCUAUCAUCACCGCUUCAGCUGAUAACACAAUCGCCGUAUGGGAUUCCUUCUCCGGAAAGUUAAUCAGGCGGUUGAGGGAACACACUGACAUCGUUAAUGCUAUUAGUCUUUCGAAGAAUCCUUCCCAUGAAUUGCUGGCGAGUGCAGGUGAUGACAACAAAAUCUGUAUUUGGGAUUACAGUGAAUCGAAACAUCCACUCCAUGUGAUAAACUGGAAUGCCCCAGUUAUUAGUAUUGAAUGGUCAGAUGAUGAGUCAACAAUCUUCAUUGGUGGCCUUGACAAUGAGAUACACGCAUACGAUCUCAAAACACACUCCAAGUUGUAUUCCUUGAGAGGUCACUCUGAUACUGUCACUUUCCUCAGAUUAUCACCUACUGGUCAAUACCUCCUCUCUUGUUCAAAUGAUUCUACAGUUAGGAUAUGGGAUGUCAGGCCGUUUACGAAUGAUCCUUCGAGAAUUCAUAGAGUACUUCAUGGUACAGUUUCAUCAUUUGAAGGUGUAUACACUCAACCCGCAUGGACACAAGAUGCUGCUCGCGUAGCAGUCGGUAGUGCAGACAGAACUGUCACUGUAUGGGACGUUGAAACCGGUAAUAUUCUUUACAAAUUGCCUGGUCACACUGGCACAGUCAACGCAGUAGACAUCCAUCCAAGCGAACCUAUUAUAGUCUCAAGCGGCAAAGACGCAAAAAUGUACCUUGGUGAAUUAAUGGAAAGCCUUUAAUGAUUUUGUAAUUUAUAAAUCCGCAUCUUAUUUU